CGCUUGUACUAGCUCCUCCGCUAGUCACCUCUCAUCAGCGGAGAGGGAAGUAACGUUUUUGAGGGGAUUUAAAGACUUAAAAAAAAGAAAACUGGAGACGACGUUAGUAACUGAAGUGACACAUGGAGGACGGUGGGGAACUGUAACUACACCCACCACGUCCGGUGUCGGAAUCUCGCCACGCAGGGAAAUGUUCACGAGUGUGCGGAAGUUUGUGUUUACUGAUGUUGUGUUAGCUGGCAGCUAGCUGACUGGCCCUGUUAGCCUGUUAGCGAGGAAGGUGCGCGCGCCUGGACGUUAUAUGUUCAACUUAACGGUGGAGUGAGACAGCAGACAUGUCCCCUUCUGGUUGUAUUAGAACAUUAUAUAUACACAUUUAAAAUAAAGUCAGGUAGAUGUUACGGUAAGCUGUUAGGUCCACCAAGAAACUCUUUGUAACGUUGGCCAGGACCUUUAAAUCUCGUGGGAUCGAGUGAAACCCCAGCAACUUAUUCUGAUUCAGGGAAGAGGAAAACGUCCACAUCCACGAGUCACGACCCGCAGGUUCACUUCAGAACUGCGCCGUCAGUCUUUUCAUCGUCACGGAUGACAGGCUCGUAACUGUGGAGACACUCGCACCGUCCUCACUAACCGGACCUAGUUCACCGACCCCGUCUGUGAUGGACCCCCGGUUCAGCUGGUGAGACGCGUGGACACUGACCAGAAGAAGCCAGACCAUGGGAGGAUGCGUGGGGAGAUACUGGGAGGGCUGGGAUGACACACAGAGCCGAGGCUCUUCCAGGAACGGCGGGCGAGGAGGACGCAAUGAGCCUCUAAAGAAAGACCGGCCCAAAUGGAAGAGCGACUACCCGAUGACGGAGGGACAGCUACGGAGCAAGAGGGAUGAGUUCUGGGACACGGCACCAGCAUUCGAGGGCCGCAAAGAGAUCUGGGACGCGCUGAAGGCCGCUGCUGUGGCACUGGAGUGUAACGACCAUGAGCUGGCGCAGGCCAUCGUGGACGGAGCCAGUAUCACACUGCCACACGGUACUCUUGCAGAGUGUUACGAUGAACUCGGGAACCGCUACCAGCUGCCCGUCUACUGCCUGGCUCCACCCGUGAACCUCAUCUCGGAACGCAGCGACGAGGACCCCAGUGACAGUCCGGAACCCCCUGUAGCACCCAAAAAGGAAUUCCAGCUCAAGGUACGACUGUCCUCAGGUAAGGACCUCCGCCUCAGUGCCAGCAUGGCUGACACCAUAGGGCUGCUGAAGAAGCAGCUGCAGGCCCAGGAGGACAUCGACACCACCCACCAGCGCUGGUUCUUCUCUGGCAAGCUGCUCACGGACAAGACGCGGCUGCAGGACGCUAAGAUCCAGAAGGACUUUGUCAUUCAGGUCAUCGUCAACCCACAGGCCCUGCAAGACCCCAAGCUGUCACCAGCCUUGUCUGAAUAAAUGAGAAUCAACAGGAGUCCAAGUCAACAGGACAAGUGAAGGGAGGACGGAUGGGGUGGCAGACACUAAAGGACCAGAGGUGCAUCUUAAAGUAGUACUUUGAGGGUUUUUUUGAGGGUGUGGGUGUAUGAGGUAUUGACAGUGAUACCAUGUUCUCAGCAAAAGACUCACCUAAUUAAAUGUACACGUGAAGAGGUCUAAGAUAUCUUCAGAACAUUUUAGCUUCUUCAAACUGAAGUUUGCAAACUGCUCACUUUCCCACACCAAAAUCCAUGAUGAAAAUCUGUGUUUUUAGCUUGUGACGACACAGGAGCUGCUAUUCUGCAUCUUUGGAUCAUUUUGUGUCACUUUGUUAAGUCAGAAUUAAGGAUUUCAAACACUGAAGUCAGAAAACGAGACAUAUGAACUUACAAAUGGAGUCAGCAACUCCUCUGUGCCAUCAUGUAAAAUCGCUGAUUUUCUCUAUGGACUUUGGUUUGGAGAGCGAGAGGUUUCCAGUGGGAAAAUUCUGCCUGACAGCAAAGUAAAGCAGCAGACGUGUUCUUAAGAUGCUUUAGACUUAAACGGGUGUAGAUUUUUAGUAGCCUUUUUGUUUGAAGAGCACCGUGAACUCAGUACUUCAUACAGCCACACUUAAAUACACCCAAAUUGUCCCUUAAAUGCUGAAAAUGAAACUAAAGUGGUGGAGGUACGUACCAAACUACAUGAGGGAGAAACUCUAAAGUGCUGCUUUGUUUUUAUCUUUCACGUGUCGUUGAAUUUUUGGGGGACAUGAUCGAGUCAGCCUCUCCGUCUUUUGUCACUUUGAAAUGUUAAAGCGAACGUUUAUUAGAAUUAUCAGCCUUGAUGUGUGUGUCACAUACUUAAGAUUGUGCCUCUGCUCUCUUUGUCCGAUCUAAUGGUAACUUCAGUGCCAAUGGAAGAAAAUGCAGCAGAAGUAGAAGCACAUUUCUUCUUGGACACACCCAUGGACUCCUCUGCUCCUCCACAGAUCCAGAGGGAGGCGGCAGAGAGCACCCAAACAUUUCUUCCCCCACCCCCCCCAACCGUCUUUCUUUUACGGAGGAAAUAAUGUAAUCUGAUCUGAGCUUUUUUGCACAUUUGAAGAUUAUUUCUAUACGUUUUUUUGUGGUAGUUUGUGUGCCUUCUACAUGAUAAAACAAACAAAAAAAAGGGUCGUUGUCCGGGAAGAUGCUAGUUUUACCACUAAGCUAAGCUCUCUGUGUUUUUUAGAUUCAGGAACUCUUUAGAUUGACCCGAGCUGUAACUGUUGCCUUUUUUUGUAUUAUUCUCUGAAUCUUUUGCUGAAAAAUAUGUUGUGUGUGUGUAUGUAUGAGUGUGUGUUAGGGCAAAAACAAUAUACAGUAUAUUUACUCUGAUAUUUUUCAGUUUGACGUAGCUCACUGAGACACGACUGUUUUCCCCCUUCAUUGAAUCAAACCUUUUGCAUUCAAUCAUAUCCCACGGUCUUAAAAGCAGUGUUACCGUCCACUUAAUGUUCCACCUAGACCACUAGGGGGCAGCAUAAAAUGUCUUUUAGUCUCGUUUUGUCGUCCACCUGAUGAAUGUUAAUGCUGUGUUCAGUCGCCGUUUCUCCUCUGUUAAUUUGCAACCUUCCGUCUCUUCUCAAAAUGCUUGACUUUCUUCUUCACCAGCAUCGAUAUAGAAAACGGCCGCCCAGCAAAUGUAUUAUGUGAUGGGGGGGUGUCAAUGAGAGCCAUUAGUGGAGCAGUGAACCAAAACAAUGAGCCAGAAAAGCUGCAGUGUUGAUUCUCAGUAUUACAAACAACCAGCUGACAUAAAAAAACAUUAAUGUGAUACUUGGCGGACAUUUCUCUGAAAUUGUCCAGAAAGUCUGCGUGUGAGAAAGAAAUGUCCUCAAAUGUUGUAUUUUGGAACAAAAUCUCAGCUACUCCAUUACUGAAUCUACCGCUAAAUCUCCAGUGUGUAAGAGUUAGUGACAUCUAAUGGUGGAACUGAGUAUUGCAACAAACAAGCCUUCAGCCCUCCUUUUACCUGUGCGUCAGGGAACUAUGGUGGCCUUCACAUACCAGAAAAGAUGUGUGCGUUUUAAGUUUCUGCCUGAAAAUGUUGUAUUUUUUACAGCAGUUAUACACCUAAACAAACAUACUUGCUUAUAAAUCCUCCUAAUUGUUACACACUGAAACUUUAAUUUUCCUUCAGACCCCAUUUUCUGACAGUUCAUGUCUAAAAACAGCAAUAGUUAUAUAGCUAUAGUACUUGAACUAUCCCUAAUGACGUCACAGUGAUGUCAUUUUGAAUGUGGGCAGACGUGCUUGACGAUCAUUGUUUUUAUUCACUGCUUUACGUUAAUUUUCACUUUUACGUUAAAAAUCACUUCUUUUUUUUUUACAAAUCGUUUAUUUUGGGAAUUUCUCACUAAUUUUAAUCUAAACUUGAAUGAGCAUUUUUCUCUGUACGUGCAAUACAUUAUAGACAUAGACCUCAUGCAUAUCUUAUAUUUUUGACUUCAUUAAGCACCGAGUGAUGAGUGUUAUUAGAAUCAUGUCAAACUGCAGGUACAAACCCGCCUGUUACAAUCAUUCACUAACCAUUCACAGACUUUCCUUGCUGUCUAUUUUCGGGUCCGUCCUUGUGUGUUUGCAGGUUAGGGCGUUUACUGAGCCUCAGGGUGAGGAAAAGAUCUGCUCGCAACGUUUGUCGGCGGCGGCGUCCUCGCUGAAAGUGAGCCUUUGUCCUCGCGUCUCUCACCAUCUGUCGGUAGUGUGAUGCAACACGGAGCGACUGUCGGGUCCCUCAGGGUAUGAACUCACAAAAAAGGAAGCUCCUCGCUUAUCGCUGUGAACACAAACCAUUUUUUGAUCCCUUAUCAGUACAGAGUCGCUUACAGUAAAGUCACCGCUGAGGUAUUUCCAGGGAGGCGAGCACACAUUUUGUUUUAAUCAUGGUUAAUUGUUUGGACACAAAGCAUAGACUGUAUGUAAGAAAGGAUGUAGUCUUCUGGGGGGUCGACUCGUUAGGGAAGUACAUGUAAAGAUGAGCUUACUCGAGGAUUUCCUGAGGAGCUAAUGGCCUCAAUCACUGGUUUCUGCUCUUCUUCAACAGAACAUGAUGUCAGUUUUGUAAAUUAUGUUCCCAUUUAGAGGAAAAUGGAUGAUAAAGAAUGACUUAAGAGAGAGGCGAUUGUGAUUGACAGCUGAUUUUUUUGCUGGACACUUUCUUUUUAUUUUGCCUCCUGAAGACUAAGUCCAUUUUAAUAUUGCCUAUACAAUGAUUUUUGAUAUUGCCUAAAUCUACCCUGAUGACAAAUGUAGCGUAGGAUAGUCUGACUAUUAAUAUUUGACAUAGGUUUUAUUUGUUUGUUUACAGCAGACAUUUUUGACCUGUCAUAGAAAAUGAAAAGCACAAGUGUUGUUUUUUUAUAUAUAUAUUACACAGCAUAGACGCUGCGUCACGUGUCACUCAAUUAACAUUAAUGAUUAUGUCCGUUAAAGGUCCAGUGUGUUUUAUAAAAAAGAAAAGUAGUGGUGAGACUGCAGAUUCUGCUCACUACUCCCAAUUUCCCAAGUACUUUUGGGAACUACGGUGGCCUUCACAUACCAAAAAGGAUGUCUGUGUACCUCAUUUUGCUUAGAUUAAUCCUCCUAAAUUUUACACCCUGGACCUUUUAGGCAAGAGUUUUACUCUAUCAGUGAAAAGUCAUGUGCCUGGUGCAGAUCCACAAAUUAGCCACAGCCAAUCAGAACUCGUUUCUAUCUUUCUGCUGUUUUUGUUUCCAGUGUUUAGUGUAAACGGAGGAUUUCAGUGAGUUGUCACUCCUGUGUUUUCCAAUCCACCUCAGUUAUUAUUUAGGUAGUUUUAGGUAGUUCACACCACCCCAGCUUCAAGUCCUCAUUUUAGUUUCACUAAAUUUGUUUCCGGUGCAUGAAGUUGUGCCUCGAGUCAGUUUUAUGCAAAGUUCCCCUCUUCUCCUUAGCUUUCAUCUGGAAAAACAAAACUGCACUCAAGUUUCACUUUUUCGGCUUAUGCGGAGCUUAAUUUUUCAGUCCUCUUUCUUUAGCGGAAUGGGUUUAUUCUCCCAUCUUUUGAGCAGAGGAACGCGACGAGAUGUGGUUGAAAGCUCCAGAGUGACUCUUGAAUUCAGAUUUUCCAGAACAUUUGCACUUUUCCUUGCCAUCUUCGCUCUACAGUUCUCUAUUCAGGAACAACAACAGACAGACGUGGAUCAGUACACCGGUCGAGAUGCAACACAUUUAAAUAAGACGCGUAGCUAGACGUCUCCGUGACGACACACAAAGGACUAAAAACUAUAUGUUUAUUAGAACUGGUUCUACAGUAAAAGCCAUAAAAAAAAGAAGGAAAUGUUUAUCUCACAGAAAUUAUAACUCAUUGUCACUGUAACAACUCUGUUUCCCAGAAGGCAUUGCAGUAAAUCUCAAAACAGUCUUUCCACAUUUUCUAUACCGUAAAGUAUGUGUCUAAUUAAAAAAAAUAAAGAAUUAAAAAAAAAGUGGUAUAUUUAGACAAAGAGAAAAAUUAAAGUCAUUAUAUGAAUGUUUCUUGAUGAUGAAUGACACACAAUUUAUUUUACCACUUGGUGUGUGUUCAUUUUAUAUGCUGGUUUCCUUUUAAAUCAUGUUUUUAAACUGUUGAAUAAAAUUCAAAGUAUUGUA